GUCCUACUGAACGCGCCCCAGCACAGGCCCUGCCCUGUACAUUCAGCAUCAACACAAGACAAGACAAGGGAAGGGAGACGAGAGCACUCCUUGACGGGAUCCCCGACAUAGAUUGGAAGGCAAGCUGGGUGACAUAAUGAUGUUGCUGGGAGAAGCAGCACUCCCACGGGUUGGGGUUGACAGCUGGGGUUUAUUCAUUACACCAAGUCUUUUGCAAAACGUUUAUUAAACGGACGCAAACGUAACGGGGAGGGCCCUACCUGCGUUUGUCCAAUAGAAACUCUCGUUUUAGUUGCAAAACAUUUUGUUUUGGACUCGUGAUUACAGCCCUGAUGUGAGGAGUCCCAUUUCUUACAUUGCAUGGAGAACAGGUGUUCGGUUCAGCAGUGAUGCCACACCGAAUUGGACCAUAUUCAGAAUAAUCGGAUGCUCCAGAUUGAAGCAGUGGAUGGUUUGGAAUUGAGAUUUGAUGCCUGCAUUCUAUGAGUUUUUUUUUGUGCUCUGACAUUUGCCUUUUGACAUGCACUCAACAAAUGUAUUUCUUACAGAGGCUCCAAGAAUGAAUAUUUUUUAAACUUAUUGCGUGGUUCAAAGUUGUUGGAGGAGGUUUGUUAAAUUGUUAGUUUAGUUGGCUUUGAGUUGCCAACGUGUUCCAGCACUGUAGCCUACGACUGCAAACAAAGGAAAAUAGGUUUUCUUAUCCUGUGAUCGGAUCUACUGUAGUUAUAAAAGUCCACUUCAUGUUAAGUAAAAAAAUGUGGUCAUGGAUAACAUUUGGUAGUACGCGAUGUAUAGACCAAUACUUUAAUCUUUCACCUCCGUGGUCAAUACUCAUGGAGUCAGUAUCACAUUGACAGGAUUUACUGAUUUAACAAAUCGAAAUGACCUGAAUGUGUGCCUUUGAACUUUUAUGCAAUCUUCUACGAAAUCACCACUGGCCAACCAUGUUAUUUAGAUAAUUUGGUGAUCAACAACUGAUCAGACUAUUUUCUUAAAAACGUAUGGGAACAAACACCUAGAUAGACUACCAAAACGUCAAAUAAUAUGCAGCGUCUGUUCCACGGCGCCGACACGAGUUUGCCUGCAGCGGAGUGGAAGCGCUCAUAGCUGGACCACCAUCCUUUCCAAAAGGCGCGACCUACAGGAUUCUUUUACCUCAUCGUGGAACGAAUUGCAGUCGGCAGGCAUGUUCGCCGCAGUGGAGCAUGGCCCCGUCCUGUGCAGCGACUCCAACAUACUCUGCCUGUCAUGGAAGGGCCGGGUACCCAAGAGCGAGAAGGAGAAGCCGGUGUGCCGGCGGCGCUACUAUGAGGAGGGCUGGCUUGCCACAGGGAAUGGGAGAGGGGUUGUCGGGGUAACGUUCACAUCCAGCCACUGCAGAAGGGAUCGGACUACCCCACAGAGGAUCAACUUCAACCUGAGAGGACACAAUAGUGAGGUGGUGCUGGUGCGAUGGAACGAGCCCUUUCAGAAGCUGGCCACCUGUGACACAGACGGAGGGAUCUUUGUGUGGAUCCAGUACGAGGGCCGCUGGUCUGUGGAGCUGGUCAACGAUCGCGGGGCUCAGGUGAGUGACUUCACCUGGUCUCAUGACGGUACCCAGGCUCUCAUCUCUUACCGUGAUGGCUUUGUCCUGGUGGGCUCGGUCAGCGGCCAGAGACACUGGUCAUCAGAGAUCAACCUGGAGAGCCAGAUCACCUGUGGUAUCUGGACCCCCGAUGACCAGCAGGUAUUGUUUGGUACUGCGGACGGCCAGGUGAUCGUGAUGGACUGCCACGGGCGCAUGCUGGCCCACAUCCUGCUGCACGAGUCAGACGGCAUUGUCAGCAUGUCAUGGAACUACCCCAGCUUCCUAGUGGAGGACAGCAGCGAGAGCGACACAGACUCUGAUGACUACACACCACCACAAGUCCAACGUUUGAAGCCUCUGCUGACGGUCAGCUUCACCUCUGGAGACAUCAGCCUGAUGAACAACUAUGAUGACCUCUCUCCCACUCUCAUCCACACUGGCCUCAAAGAUGUGGUAGUCCAGUGGUGUUCUCAGGGCGAUCUCCUGGCCGUGGCUGGGAUGGAGAGAGCUGUCUUGCCCCCCGACUCCUCCUGUCUACCUCCUACCAGAAACGCCAUCGUCAAGUUCUACAACGUCUGCGGAGAGCACAUCUACACACUGGACACGCCUGCACAACGUCCCAUCACCACGCUGUGCUGGGGUCACCGGGACUCUCGUCUGUUCUUGGCUUGUGGCGCGGUACUCUACGUGGUGCGGGUGGAUCACCGGGUGGCCAGCCUGCAGCUGCUGUGCCAGCAGGGCAUCGCCGGGGCGCUCCGGGAGGAGAAGGACGUGGCAAAGCUCACCAUGCCCUCUCGUCUCUGCUCUUACGUCACCACAGCCUUCACACCCACCAUCAAGCCCCCCAUUCCAGACCCCAACAAUAUGCGUGACUUUGUGAGUUACCCGACUGCGGGGAACGAGCGGCUGCACUGCACCAUGAAGCGGACGGAGGACAACCCUGAGGUGGGCGGGCCCUGCUACACCCUCUACCUGGAGUACCUGGGGGGCUUGGUGCCCAUCCUCAAGGGCCGACGCAUCAGCAAGCUCCGUCCCGAGUUCGUGAUCAUGGACCCCAAGACGGACGGCAAAGCAGAUGAGGUGUAUGGGAACAGUCUGAUCUCGUCGAUGAUAGACAGCUGUAACUGUUCAGACUCCAGUGAUAUAGAGCUGAGUGACGACUGGGUCGGCAAGAAAUCCCCAAAGAUAUCCAGAGGCAGCAAGUCUCCCAAACUUCCCAGAGACUUAGUCUGUCCCUUUACCAACAGGAUCAAUAUUGACCCCAGGAAGUCCCCCAAACUGUCCCGCGCUACCCAGGAGAUCUCGCGGUCGCCACGGUUACCCAUCCGGAAGCCAUCCAUUGGGUCCCCAAGUCUCACCCGCAGAGAGUUCCCCUUAGAUGACAUCACACAGCAUAACUACCUUGCUCAGGUCACAUCCAACAUUUGGGGAACAAAGUUUAAGAUUGUGGGACUUGCCACCUUCUUGCCUACCAAUCUUGGUGCAGUGAUCUACAAGACAAGUCUGCUCCACCUGCAGCCCAGACAGAUGACCAUCUACCUGCCGGAGGUGCGUAAGAUCUCCAUGGACUACAUCAACCUGCCUGUGUUCAGCCCCAACGUCUUCAGUGAGGACGAGGAUGACCUGCCUGUCACCGGGGCCUCGGGCGUGGCCGACGACAACCCUCCCUGCACUGUCAACAUCCCUAUUGCCCCCAUCCACAGUCCCGCCCAGGCCAUGUCCCCCACCCAGAGCAUCGGCCUGGUCCAGUCCCUCCUAGCCAAUCAGAACGUCCAGCUGGACAUCCUAUCCAAUCCCACGGCCAUCUCCUCCGUGGCUUCUGCAGGGGCGGGGGGGUCGUCUGACCAGGGCCAGGACACCAUCCUGACCGCCCAGUACACGGUCCCCAGCAGGUACUCCAGUCCUGGACAGGUCAUCUUUGGAGGGCUGGAGAUGAGCCGGCUUCUGGUUGGGCCUCCUCCCUCUCAUCACCACCAACAACAAAGCCAUCCACAGAGCCAUCAACAACCACUGCAGCAACAUCAUCAGCAACAACAAAUUCAGCAUCAACAACAACAGCAGCUACAGCACCACCAUCAACAGCUACAACAACAGCAACAACGACUAGCGCAGCAACAUCACCAACAGCAACUGGCACAGCAACAUCAACAGCAGAUCCAGCAGCAGCAGAUGCUGCAACACCAACAGAUGCAGCAGCAGCAGAUCCAGCAGCAGCAGCAACACAUUCAACAGCAGAUCCAGCACAUGCAGCAACAGCAGCAGCACAUCCAACAACAGCACCAACAACAGCUCCAGCACCAACAACAGCUCCAGCAGCAGUUACAGCAGCAGCAACACACACAGCAGCUGCAGCAACAGCAGCAACAGAUACAGCAGCAUAUGCAACAACAACAACAGCAUCAGCAACACCAUCAGAUGCAGCAACAGCAGCAGAUACAACAGCACCAUCAGAUGCAGCAACAGCUCCAGGUCCCUGUCCCCUCUCAGGUGUCAGGUGCAGCGGUGCACCAGCUCCAACAGGGCGCGCUCCAGAUCCCUGUCCCCCACCCUGCAGGGGGGCUGGUGGCUGAGAGAAGAGUCAGCGUAGAACAUGAGCACCUGCUGAAGAUCAAACCCACCCGCUCUGCCCCCCAGCUGGCUGAGGGGGACACGGUGGUGUUCAGCGCCCCUCUGGAGCUCAGCAAGAUGAACCCCCCGCCCCCCUACCCCGGGACGGUGGCCGCUGCCGCAGCGGCAGCCUCUGCUGCAGCAACCAACGCUGCCUCUGGACAGGCUGGGGGCAGUAACGGCACCCCGCCGCCAGUGGACCUGUGCCUGAAGAAGGGCGAGUUCUCCCUGUAUCCUCCUGGCCAGCAGGCGGCACAGUACCCAACGCCGCUAGGCUACGAGCGGAUAACUACGUUCGACAGCAGGGGUAACGUGGAAGAGGUGUGCCGGCCUCGAACGCGGCUUGUCUGCAACCAGAACAUUUACACGCUCCAGGUCCCGGGAAGCUCAGCCACCCUCCGGGUUACCUCCUCUUCCUCAACAGACGGGAAGAAGAUCCAGCUGCCCUACGCCUCGGCAACCCUCAACAGGCUCACCGUUCCCCGCUAUUCCAUACCCAGCGGAGAUCCGCCCCCCUACCCCGACACAGCCAAUCAGAACACCACAGGGGGGAGGAGCACCGGACAGAGGCUGGACAGCAGUCUGAUCCACGCCACACUCAGGCGGAACAGCCGAGAGGCCGCUCUCAAAGUUUCCCAGAUGCUGGACCCUCAGAGGACCCUGCCCCCUAAAGCCAAAUCCCAAAACGCUACACUGGCGGCUUCCUACCAACAGAGGGUGCCCAAAGCCCUGUACACCUGCAGUCAGUGCAGUAGUAACAGCAGUGGGCUUAGCAGUGCAGCCAGCAGUGCUCCCAGUGGGACUGCGAAUGGAAUCGCAGGAGGUACAAUCAUUAGACAGGAUUUUCCUCCAGGGAAUGGAGCUCCUCACAGCACGGUGAUCGUCCACUCCAACAGCGCUUCUCCCCUAGUCUCUCAAUCCUCCUACAACCUGCUGAGCCUGGAUGGCUCUGGGAAUGGAGGAGGAGGUGGGAACAGAGACAGGGCUGACUAUGUGAACUCAGCCUUCACAGAGGAUGAAGCAAUGAGUCAGUCAUUGAGGCAUCUGGCACUAGGGGGUGCAGAUGUGUCUGGACUGACAGUCAAGAGGCCACCGCCGUACCAGUGGGACCCAGCCACCACUGAGGAGGUGUGGGUGCCCCAGGAACGGACUGGUAGUCUGAGCUCUGCUGGCCCCACCGGACCCCACAAACCACCCCCGCUCAUCCUCAGCCCAGCCCAGCACCUCGACAUCUCCCGGCUGCCUUUCAUCCUCUCCCCCAAGUCCCCCACCAGCCCCAGUGCUGCCUCUUUCCAGGCUGCUGCUGCAGCUGCAGGUUACCAGAUCUCCCUUCAGUACGCUUCUGGCACAACCUACAGUGGGCCCCAGCAGCAGCCCAUGCCAGGCUCUCCCCGUCUCAGCUCCCCUAAGAAGGUGGUGGCCCCGGUCCCUUUCACCCAGCAGGAUGCCACCCUGGUCCUACCACCUGGCUAUCCAGCCAACCUGUCUAACCUGGCCUGCUGCCCCCUACCUCCAAUGUACCCGGGGGGAAGCUCCUGUGCCGGGCUCCCCAUCCCCCCCAUUGCCCUACACACCCCCUGGGGCACCUACAACCCCUGCCCCCCCAUGCCCAGCCCCUCGGGGACGCUGCCCCCCAUGCCCCCCAAGCUCUCUCAGAUGAUGGUGGACAAGACAGUCCUCUCUCCCCCUCCUCCCCCACCACCUCCCCCUCCACCGCCCCCAGCAGAACUGCAGCUGCAGGGUCACGGUGGCUCACCAGAGGCCAUGGCAAUGGAGGCCGGAGAGGGCUUCCAGGAGGUCCUCUCCCUCAACGAGAGCCCCGUGCCCAGCAGUGCUGAGAAGUUCGGCAAGAAGAACCGCAAGCGGGCAGAUGGCAGGGCUGAGGAGGCCAAUGCACCGGCCAUCGCCGAGGGAGGCAAAUCCAAGAAGGAGGGCCGGGCCCUGGGCGACUUCAACUCUCUGAUCUCCAGCCCGCGGCUGGGCAGCAGGGAAAAGAAGAAGCCCAAAGGCCAGAAGGAGCAGCAGCUGAAGGCUAAGAAGCUGAGCAAGGCUCCCACAAACAGCGAGUUCCAGGACAGCUCAGAGAGUGAACCUGAGCUCUUCAUCAGCGGGGACGAGCUGCUCAACCAGUGCCAGAGCGGCAAGAAGGGCUGGAAGAGCAAGAGGAGCCUACGGGCGGCCAGCGAGCUAGAGGAGAUCAAGUGCCGCAAGGCCAAUGAGAAGGAGGACCGCGGGCUGGGAAGCCAGGGCUUUGUUUAUGUGAUGGCCAACAAGCAGCCACUGUGGAAUGAGGCCACUCAGGUCUACCAGCUGGACUUUGGGGGACGUGUUACACAGGAGUCGGCCAAGAACUUCCAGAUCGAACUGGAGGGGAGACAGGUGAUGCAGUUUGGCAGGAUUGACGGCAACGCCUACAUCCUGGACUUCCAGUACCCGUUCUCUGCUGUUCAAGCCUUCGCAGUGGCUCUAGCUAAUGUUACUCAACGCCUCAAAUGAGGUCCCACCCCCUCUUACACUGAAUACUAGCAAGGAUCGGAACAUCUGCUGGAAGGACAAGAUUAUUUAAUUUGAAGUUAUUUUAAUAUUGGAGAAAAGACUGAAAUCAACUCUGUUUGCAUAUCGCAUCGCAAGCGAGAAAACGAGACACUGUGGUGCUGCACUGCCCAAUGUGGCCACCAGAGGGUGCAAUAAGCAUGGGCUGCAGGCUUUGGAGCAGGGCCAUAGUUUGCCUUGGCACAGUCAGCGGUCCCCUGUACUGCUUACAGGGCCCAAGAGCUCAGCUUUCUGUAGUCGUCAUGCAAAUAAAUGCUGCUUUAGCUAAUGAAAGCUAGCUAGUGGAAAGACUUAACUUACAACCUUUUAACGGUUUGGGUUUCCUGUCGGUAUGGUCCCGAGAGAUGAGUCGUUCUCUCUGUGCGGUUUUAAAAAGGAGCAGCAGUAAUACUUGAAAAAACUAUCUGGAAGAUUGAAGAUGUCGUUUUUUUCUUUCCAGAGCGUACAGGUACUACUGGGCACUGAAAUCCGUUGCUGUAUGAAACCGUUAUCAUCACUUUAUAACACUGCUUUGGCUUUUGGGUUUUUACACCUAAAGAUCAAACUUUCUGGGGGGGGAAAUCUAGGCUUUUGAAAUGUUAUUUUUUAGUUAUCUGCCAUGCGUUUUGUUACAAUCCAAAUCUAUCUUAGCUGGAUUUGAGGUUUCAAUAUAUGCAUUGUAUUGUUGGAGCACUAGCACACGCAAAUGCGCAAGUUGUCUGAUUUCCCUGUUGUCAGGAACUCUGGAGAGGUAAGGGGGGAAAAAGAUGUAAGCUGAACGGCAGUCCUUGGAAUUUGAAGGAAAAAAAGAUGAUGUAGCUCAUAUGGUUUAAUGUAUCUCUGCAUUUGUUUUUCCUCUUGUUACGAAUAGGUCAUACAGUAUUCAGAUAUGAAUUUUAACAUUGUAAUUGUUCUUCGUAUUCAUGUUGUAAUUAUACAAUCUUAGUACCUUGUUUACAUGGAUUUCAAGAUGUCUGCUUUAUUUGGGAGAGACAGAGACUUAAUUGAAAUGCUGUUCUGUACACUACAAAAUCGGUGAGUUUUAAAAUGGUUUUACAGAAUAGUUGUGACCGUUAUCCUGUAUCUCCCAUUUUUAUCAUGGUGACAUGUUGACGGGGACACAAACAAAGAUCCUAGAGGUAAGAGUUCACCAAUCCGACCUUUGUUUCCCUGACAUGAAGUAAUUUGUCACCUGCUGUCACUUCUGUGAAGUGAGCGUCAGCGUGUAGGCGUGUCCUACUCUUAAGCCCACACUAAAUGAGUAAGCAAGGUACAGGAAAUAUUUUUGUAUAUUUCACCUAUGCCAUUUCAUUAUUAUUAUUAUUUUUAAGUCAUGUAAAUAACUGCCACAUAUCAUUCAUAAAUAUUGUAAAAUGAUCUGGUGGAGCUGGACAGCUGUUUUCAUCGUAGCCCACUGUGUAUGUUCAAUAUUAUGGCGGAUAGCUGUAGUACAGUAGUAUAACUAUAGAAAUACACUACAAUCCCUGAGAAACCUGACAUCUUUCUAUUCUUUCAGUCUUUGAAGUUAACCUCAAUUAAGGAGAAAGCUAUCUUAACCUGUUCGAACUUGGCAAGCUGAAACUGCAAUCUUUUAAGCUGACUAGUUUUUGUUAGACAUCCAGGCUUGGGUCUCUAUGCCUUGUGAACCGUCUGCAGGGCUGGGGAUGUAUGCUGAUGCAAAAUCAGAUAGACACUUCAAAUAUUUGUGGACUUAAGUGUGGUAAGAUACCUGUUAACAUCAUCCACACUACUAAUUUUCAAACGUAUCAUUGGAAAAAAUGAUUUAUCAAACUAAAAGAUCUAUUUGAUGGAUGGUUAGGAUCACUUCAAAACGUGUGUGCCAAAAAAUGGAAUUACUACAUUUGGUAGAUUAAUACAAAGGGGCCUAGAUCACUUGUGUGACAGAGAGAGAUCACUCCGGACCAGAUCCACACAUCAUGGUCUUGACAGCAAUGAGAUUAUUAGAUUAGAUUUUUAUUUCUUCCUCUGAGCUGCAUGUGAUAGUUGUUGGUUGGGGUGGGAUUAAGAUGGACCUGAUUCAAAGAAAAUAAGAAAAUAACAUUUCUUAAAAAUGUCCAUCAAUGUUCAUUUUGUGUUAACAAUUUUGUUGUGCAAUAUUUUCUAAAGGAAGGUCCUCCCCUCACCAACAGUUUGACAACCCUUCACUUUCACACUAGUAGUGUGGGAAAACUAUGAUAUUCAAUUUAUUUUUGCUGGUCUGUACAUUUAUUUAUGAGAUUUUUUUCUUAAGCUAAAGGCUGUACAUAACUUGUUGACUUUGCUGAACAUUUCUUUCUGUUGAAAGGGGUUUGUUACUGGUGUAGCCUAUUUGUCAGAUCAUGGGGGGGGGGGCAAGUAGGGGAGAGGCAACUUUUCAAUCUGUGUUCUGUGAAGUUUGCAGUGGAUGGGAGAAGAUCUGAAUAAGUGCCCUGUCCUUGAGUGUAGUUGGUAGUAGUCAUUAAGGAAGUAUGUGUCAAGUGUGUUCAAUUGUGAGGUCAACCGAUCCCAUAAGUGUUAUCUAUGUUAACUUCUUCAGUGUGUGUAUUUCCACCAAUUCUCCCCCUCGAGAAAGCUAAACUUUUUUCACUCCGGUAAGCGUAUUAUCUUUUUGUUUAUUCUCACCAUGCAAUGGAAAUCUACACAUUCAUGAUGUUGACUGACUGGUCAAUUUUGAUUGUGUAUUAUUUCAAUACAGCUCACACAUCAGUCCACAUGACAUGACCGUUUGGAGAAGCCACUGAAAACAUGUACAAAUCUCCCUUGGACACUGGUUUAGGAUUCUCAAUGAAUUAAUUUGAGGUGGUAACCUGUAGUAGACAUUGUAGAAUUUGGCUUUUCGUUUGAUCAGAAAUGUGCUUUGUACAUGUAGUUGUAGACAUAUAUAGGAAAAAAAACUUGAAAAAAUCUGAGUGAUUUGGUGACUGAAUGUUUAUAGUGAACGGUAGUAAGGCAUGCCAUGUUAAUUAUUUUACAAUUGUAUAUGUCACGCAUCUUUUGAAUAAAAUGUCAUUGUUUCAGA